AUGAUAACUGCUCAUUCUAAUUCAACCCAUAUUGAAAGUGAUUGCGUUUGCAGCGAAAAAAAAGAUAAUACUUUUCUCAAAUGGAUUCAUAAACCUGAAGCCCAAAAACAUGGUUUCAUUGGUCAAACCGUCUUACUAGAAUGUGUAGCAUUUGGUAGUCCAACACCUGAAAUUGUUUGGAGACACUCAUUUCAUAACAAACCGAAUCACAAUAUUAUCCAAUCUUCAAAUCGUGCAGUGUCGUUUGGAGAUUCAGGUGUCGUUCGAAGUAGACUGGUUUUGGAUGUCAAGAAAGACAUGCAUAAAGAGUUCUUCUGUACCGUUGAUAAUGGAAUCAAACAAAUGUUCGGAUAUACUGAAGUUUUUGUUCAUGAAAAUCGUGAAUGUUAUCAUUUCUUGGAUAGAUCUCCGCAUGAAAAUAACACCCUCUUGCCUGAUGCACCAUAUAUCAAGACUUGGACACAAUCAGCAGUCGCUAAAAUCGGUCAAUAUUAUUUGUUAUAUUGUACCAUAAAACGUGUCGAACCACUUGCUAUUGAAUGGUAUCACGCAAAUGGAACAAAAAUUGAUAGAUGGAAUGACCGAAGAUAUGGAGCAUAUCCAGAUGGAGGACUAGAGAUUAAUAAUGUAACUCACGAAGAUGUUGGUGAAUAUACUUGUAAAGCAGCAAACAAUUAUGGUGAAACGUCUAUGCAAAUGUUUCUAUUCACUGCUGAUUCGAUUUUCUAA